AUAAAUAUGGCGGCCAACGCGAACGCACGAGGUUGGCCGAGGAGUCGGGCGGCUAGUAAUGCUGGCAAAUACAUGACGGGGCCGCAGGGAAUACCAGGGGAACGGACCGUACGACUGUAUCCAUUGACGAAUUACACUUUCGGAACCAAAGAAGCGUUGUAUGAAAAGGACAGCUCUGUUCAAGCCAGAUUUACUCGAAUGAGGGAGGAAUAUGAAAAAUUUGGAAUGAGGAAGACUGUUGAAGGUGUACUGAUUGUUCAUGAACAUGGAUUGCCACAUGUGCUUCUUUUACAGUUAGGAACGACAUUCUUCAAAUUACCUGGAGGGGAACUUGUUGCUGGGGAAGAUGAAAUUGAUGGACUUAAAAGAUCAAUGACUGAGAUCUUAGGCCGCCCUGAACAAGGAAUCGAGGUAGACUGGGUUGUGGAAGACACCUUAGGAAACUGGUGGAGACCAAACUUUGAAGCACCUCAGUAUCCAUAUAUUCCUGCUCAUAUAACAAAGCCAAAAGAACAAAGAAAACUCUUUCUAGUUCAACUUGGAGAAAAAGCUAACUUUGCUGUGCCUCGUAACUACAAGUUAGUGGCAGCACCAUUGUUUGAACUGUAUGAUAACUCUCCUGGUUAUGGUCCAGUCAUAGCCAGUCUUCCGCAAGCGCUUAGUAGGUUUAGUUUUAUAUAUUUAUAAAUUAAGUGACAGUGCAAGUCGCGACGUCAAGAAGAAUGACUAAGUUUUAUUUCACUUUCUUUUUCUGCAAUUUCUCUCUGUAAUUACCUCGUAAAGUUUAUUCGCUGUAUGUCUUUUUAGAAAUAAAAUCACUUCAAAAUGUCAGCAA